AAGCCCGCGCCUUCGCUUCUCCAGCCCGAUCGCCGUCAGCUUUUGCUCCAGACGCUCAUCUCGGGCCAGCGCACCGACAUCUUGAGACCCACAUCUGCACUUCUGAGACCCCAGCCACGCACUCUGAGCCAACGUAUCGACGUCCCGAGAUCAUUAGUGCGCCGCUUGCGUCUCCGAUCGCCCGCCGUCGUUCGUCCGGCAGCUCCUUCCGCAAACCCGCCGGCGCUCUGCCGAUCGCUCCGCUUGGCUCGGUUCAGUUCCUCCCAGUGUUCCCAGCGAGCUCCCCCGACAAUGCCCCACAUCUCAUCCGAUCCAGCUGCAGAGAGCGAUUCUCUUUCCAUGGCCGCUUCAGGCCGGCAGGGCGAUCCAUCCCCACACAAGCUUGCCCGGCCGGAGCCGCAGUUUGGUCUCGCCCAGGAUAGCGCCAGCCCCGCCAUCGUCGCCACUGCCGAUCCCGAUGUCUCUGUUCCGCCAGCGACUGCCACCGAGGAGAUUGUGCUCGAGAAGAGAUAUCCGUUCCCACCCACAAAGCCGUACCUGACGGUCAGCGACAUUUCGUCGCUCUUCUGGUGCGAGUCCCAGACCUUUCUCUCCGUCGUCACCGGCGUCAAGAAGCCCCAAACCGAAGCCAUGACCAUGGGCACCGCCGUCCACGAAACCCUGGAGCGAGAGGUCAAGGAGAUUGUCGAGGUGCCGGUGACAACCAAGGAAGACAGCUGGGCUGUCCGGUUCGCCGAGAUGAUCCAGAAUGUGCAUCUGCUCGCCCAUAACGGCAUCACCCGAGAGAUUCCCGUCAUUGGGCGGAUCGGGCGGUUUCUCGUUUACGGCAUCAUCGACGAAGUCCGCAAAACGCCGAUCCAGGACACACUACCAUUGGCAUGCUCGCAGGGCCAGACUCCCACGCAUCGUUCUCCCUUCUGCUACCACAUCGCCGACACCAAGACCAAGCCCUCGCCCACCAAGGAGAAGCCCUUCUCGACCUUCCGCAUCUCCAAGCCAGCCAAGGCCCAGGUGAUGACCUACCGCUAUCUGCUGGAGCAGCUCAUCUGUGAGCAGCUCGAUCCGGACUUUGUCCUCGCCAAGCUGCAAGAGAUGGGUCUCGACUGCGACCAAGUGCUGUCGCUGCCGGUACUGGAACACCUGGCCAGCCUCGAGAUGAUCGAGCUGGGCUUUGGCGACUUUGACGUUGAGGACGAUGACUGGGAGGACAGCAGUGAUGUCGCCAAGGACGCUGUUCCGGCUACACAGGACACCGCUGCGUCGCAUGCCAUCAGCAACACCAUCAGCAUCGCCGACAGCAGCAGUGCUGUGGACUUGGCCGUUGACGCCCAACCGACCGACGCUGUCCAGCCGAGCAACAUGCCCCAGAGCACACCCGAGAGCCUCGAUUCCGAUGCGGCCGUGGAGACAGCCAGACGCCUCCAAAGCUUCCGCAUUCGCACCCUUCGCGACAUUGUUCCCAGGGCCCUCAGCCAGUUCCGGUUUCUGCAUCCGUCGUUUGAUUCGAUCAUGCCGACUUCCAGCAAAUACGAGCAGUGGAACUCUCUGCCCGAAGCAUCCGCAACAGAGAAUGCGUCGGGUCCGGCCAUUGUCAAUGAAGUGCUGCCUCUGGACUUGCCUCGACGGGAUCGCUACCACUCCACGAUCCGACCGCUGGUCGAAAGCUCCGGCUUCAUCUCGAACGAGAUCGAGAUUCACUUUCGGGAUCGUGUCAACGGCGAUCUCCUUCAGAUCUCCAAGGUUGAGUACCGCCCCCUCGAGAUCACACAGAUCCUGGAUCGCGCCAACACCUUCUGGAGCGGUGGCCAGGACCAAGACCAAGAUCAAGACCAAGACCAAGAUCAGGGCCAGCACGAGAUCGAUGCAGCCGACCCAGAGACGGAUCUGGCCCGCGCUCGACCACUAUCGCUGUCGCCACCACCCACUCUGCCAUCCAGCCGCAGGCCACAGACAUCUGCUUUGGCCCGCAAGCGCACCAAGCUGGACUUUGUCGUUGGCGGCGUGGACGACGAGCGCGAGGCAGCUUUCAAGUGCCGCCUGUGCUUCUAUGCGGAAAUCUGCGACUUUCGCAUUCAGAAAUGCGAAGACGCUGUCAACAGGGCCAAGGGAAAGCGGAUGUGAUCAGCUGCGAUCAGUGACCAGCAGCUUCUGCCGGCAUUAUCCGCUCACUAGGACUUGGCGGAGAGCAAAAGUGCAGAAGCUGGGGGUUCGAGGCUAGGGGCGGCAGUCCGGGCUUUGUGUUGGAAGCUUUGUAUUGGGAU